AUGGCUACAACUGAAAUCAUAACCUGGUUCUCUACUAUGAACGAUACGACACAAAUCCCUCCAACAGAACCUGCCACUACUCACAAGGCACAGAGGACUGCCGUGGCUUGCCUCUUCUGCAUCAUUGGCGGCAUCGGGUUAACCGGCAACAGCCUCGUCGUCCUCGCCGUCGCAAUGUCGCGACGACUUCAGACACCCACCAACGUGUUCGUCGUCAGUCUCAGCUUAUCCGAUUUCCUCACGUGUCUCGGACUGCCGUUCCAAGCCGUUGCGAUCCUCAGCGAGCAUGGAUGGCCUUUGAACAGUGGCCUUUGCGCAAUGGUCGGUGGGUCGGCCAUCCUGUCCCUCACCUGCGGGGUCCUCUCUCUAGCUCUCAUUGCUAUAAACCGUUUCACUCUCAUCACCCGCUCAAAGAGAACAUACAUCAGGGUAUUCUCCAAGAAACGCAACUUGCUUUACGCAGUGAUAUCUUGGGUCGUCCCUCUUUUUGCUUUCGUAGUUCCACAACUCGUUGGGUUCGGAAGGCUCGGUUACGAUCCGUACUUCAGAUUAUGCGUGUGGGACACAUCGGAUGACCAUGCGCACAUCUACGAGAUCCUUGCUGCCAUCACCAUCUUCAUCGCAACCACCAUCAUAACCACAUCUUACAUCACAAUUUAUAUUUUUAUUCGGUUACAUGUAUCUGUCAUGAAGAACCAUGUUAAUGGUAGCCGAGCUGGGCCAUCAGGGAAGGUCAACCAAGUCGAAGCGGUAGCACAUAGCUUAAACCAUACCAACAACGAUGUUAACACCAUGGAAACAGGCGCACCUGCAGGGGGUCGGCACAAGAUCAAAGUCACCAAGAGAGAGAUCGAUAUCACCAAGAAUCUCUUCUACAUUGUCUGUUUCUUCUUCCUCUGCAUCAUACCCUACGGAUUUGCUCUGGCCCUUAACAACCUUGGGGUGUACCCGUGGUACGCAGGAAUCAUGUUUGUGGCUAAUAGUGCCAUUAAUCCUUUCAUAUACGCCAGUAAGCAUCCUGUCUUUAAUGAGGUACUCAGGUGCAUGCUGACUUUCCGACUUUCAGCCAUUCCUGAGCCGUUACCAUGGGUACGUUCGCUCCUUGGCGCGAUACCUGAACAUUAA